AUGGCUUUUCAACACGAGUAUCUUACGACCGUCAGCCCCAGCCUCAAUGGUGGAAAAGCUGUUGGUAUCAUCGAAGCAGCAUCCUCGCAGAGGGCCCUCGCUGGACACAUCAUGGCUGAAGAGGGAGCCAGAUGUAAGAGUGACGAGUACACAGUGGGAUGGAUCUGUGCACUUCCCAAAGAAAUGGUUGCAGCAAUGACCAUGCUCGAUGAAGAAUAUGAGGACAUAUCGAGACAAGACUCCCACGACUCGAAUAAUUACACUUUAGGACGCAUUUAUACCCACAAAGUGGUUAUAGCUUGUCUACCCUCUGGAGUCACUGGGAAUGCACCAGCAGCCCAGGUGGCAACGCAGAUGCUGAGGAGCUUCAAGUCUAUUAAGAUUGUACUAAUGGUCGGAACCGGUGGCGGCGUGCCCCAACCACAGGACGAUAUACGGCUAGGCGAUGUGGUCGUCAGUGAGCCACAGGGUAGAUUGGGAGGUGUUGUGCAGUACGACCUUGGAAAGAAGCUGGUGGGAGGAAAGUUCGAACGAACAGGAUCAUUGGAUAAGCCUCCUACGGUGUUGCGGAGUGCGAUUUCAAAGCUGAAGGCAAAAUGCGACAUCGAUGACUUCGACCUCCAAAAAUUCUUGACUACGAAUCUUCAAGAAAAGCGUACCAAUGUACGCGAUCAAUUUGGCCGACCACAAGCACAAGACGAGCUAUAUCGCGCUGAUUAUACCCAUGUUGGCAACGAAAAAGACUGCACCCGAUGCAAUAACGAGAACCUGGUCCUGCGGUCAAAUCGAAAGUCCCCAACUGAAUCCAGGAUUCACUAUGGCACCAUUGCGUCGGGGAGUUGGGUCAUAAAAGAUGCUGCGACAAGAGACAAGCUCAACAAGGAUCUCCGUGGCGUCAAAUGUGUCGAAAUGGAAGCCGCUGGACUAGACGGUUUCCCUUUCUUGGUCAUUCGAGGUAUAUGCGAUUAUGCGGACUCGCACAAAAAUGACGUAUGGCAGCAAUAUGGAGCGUUAACGGCAGCUGCGUAUGCGAAGAAGCUCCUGAGCAUCAUUCCUAGAAAAGACAUCGUCAAAGCUGAGGCUGUCGUGUCGAGCCCGCCUCAGCCUGGGUCGGCACUAGUAUCGCAGCAAUCCACACAAGACCUGGGGCAUUCAAACAACCCUGUCUACCGCCAAAAUGUAUAUGGUGGCUAUCAAGGCUCCCCUGAGCUCGGACAGUCAUAUCCACAGUCUAGGAGAGGGCUUACCGACCAGCUUCAACCGGGAUUUGGACCCUUAGCUGUGAAUCCGGGUCCGAUAAUGAAUAAUCCUUCCUUUGCAAUGGGAAAGCCUUCGGAGCAUGAGAGAGCUUUGCCGUCCGACCAAGAGCGAUCAGGCCUGGGAGAGUGGUCUGCAUCCUCGAGUCCCGAUCUUCACUUCCAAUCGAACGGAACUAGGCGACCUGCUCCACAGCAACGAGGCUCUCCCUUAGGUCAAACUAGACCAGGCUUCGGAGAGCGCUCUGCACAUUCAAGUCCAGCUAGAAACCCUUCUUCCCAGCCUCCUUCGAGACAACACAUGGUCCUAGGCUCGCAUGUUACCAAUGAUCCAAGAACGAUGAUGCUCGGGAGUAGCAGCAAUGGGCCAGCCGGUGUACAAAGAAAAGCUGUAACGACUCCCAAGGGUGAGGCCGUGGGUUACAAAGAGACCCAAGGUAUGGCAUAUCAACAACCAUCAAGGACAAGUGCCUUUGAUCACACGAAUCAUCCACAUCAACCAGAUCUCCAGCGUCCUGCCUUCCGUCACAACGACCCACCCUUGUUCCAUCAUCGUGACCCACCUGUUCCACUGCAAACCCUACCAAAGCUCCCCCACAAGCCAAGACACCCACAAAGUCACGAUGGGAAACAUCCACCACACGAGCAACAUCCGAAAACACCUGCUUCAAAGAAACCCUCCAAGGCUCAUCCUGAAACACAUGCUCCUGCUGCUGUAGCUACUGGUGCCAUAACAGGUGCAGCAAUUGGCGCAGGAGCCGCAUCAGUGACGAGUGACCACGAGGACGGCGGCUAUAGUAGCGGGCAGGGCGAAACAGCCCAUGACUCUGACGAAGAGAGUGGCGACAGUGAAGACUCGGAUCAAAGCUCUAGGGUCCAGUCGGACCACUCCGACAAUGACUCCGAAAGUGGUCAUCAGUCUCUUCACGAGAUUCCUCCCGCAGAGCCUAUUGACUAUCAAACGAGUUACGAUGCUAAUCCAGCAUACAAUUCCCGUCCAUCAACUUCGCAUGACGGACUUGCUUACAACCCUACGCAGCCGACAUAUGGUGAUGUUCAGGAUAGUGACGAUGUGAGUGAUGGUGGAGGUGGUUGUUUUGGUGGCUCUGCUGAUUGUUGUGGUGACAGUGAUGGUGAUCCUGGCUGCUGUCCUGGUUGUUGCGGGGAUGACGGUAAAAAUGAUGAAAAUGAUGAAAAUAACGAGGGGUGUCGUGACCAAUGUACUGUUAUGUGA